AUUGUCUCUUUCCUCACCUCUCCUCUUCCUCCUCUCAGGGCUCUGAUUGCCGGAGGCGGCGCUCCAGAGAUCGAGCUGGCCGUGCGUCUGGCUGAAUAUUCCCGCACCCUGGCCGGCAUGGAGGCGUACUGCGUGCGGGCGUACGCUGACGCCCUGGAGGUGAUCCCCUCCACGCUGGCUGAGAACGCCGGGCUAAACCCCAUCUCCACCGUGACGGAGCUGCGCAACAGACACGCUCAGGGAGACAAGUCGGCCGGCAUCAACGUCCGCAAGGGAGGAAUCUCCAACAUCCUGGAGGAGCUGGUGGUGCAGCCUCUACUGGUUUCCAUCAGCGCUCUGACUCUUUCCACAGAGACGGUCCGCAGCAUCCUCAAGAUUGACGACGUGGUAAACACCCGAUAAAGAGAUACAAGUUUGUCCACUGAGUUCUGUCCACGAAGCCUGCUCGUACUGCACGGACCAGAGGACUCUGUCAACAUCAGUCUGUUCAGAUUUCCACUGUAGUUGUUACGUUGCGUAAUUUAAUAAUAAAGGCUUCUUUUUUUUGUUGACACUCCA